AUGGGAUGUGCUACAGCAAAACCAAAAAGAGUUACUUUGCUAAUUAUCAUCGAUAGCCCACCACCUAGUUUGCCUUCCUCUAUGCAUAUUAUUGAUUUACCAUUUAAUCAAUUUUAAUGCCCGGCCUCCAAGCUUCCAUUAUCAGAAAAAUUAAAUCAACCUGCUAUGCUUAGUUCUUAGCCAACCAAUGAGGGAAAAGAAUCUCAAGCACACUGA